CCUGCAAGUGUCCUGAGCCUGCUGUAAGAAAGGAGACAAAGGUUUCAAAGGGUACCUUUGGAAAUUAUCCUUAGGAGGAAGCAAAAAAGAUCCCGCUGCCUGCACUGUUGUAUAAGGUAUACUAUACAAGGGCUGCGUUAGCUUGAACUUCGCAAUCUACCCAAGGAUGUUGCCAGACAUUCAGGAGUGAAAACCGGCAUUGAGGAGCUGACUGUUGGGAACAAAAAAGAGAGAGGACAGACUUCAGGAAGGAAUCCUUAGACUACAUAGGACUUUGCUCUGCUUUCUUUUGGCAAAACAUGGAAACACACACACAUGCAAAGUGUAAUAUCUAGAUUUUAAAAACCUAGGCUCUACAGCAAAGGAACCAGCAGCUUACAACAUGAUGCUAAGCAUGUUUACUCAGAAGUAAGCUCCACCGAUUUUAAUGGAACUUGCUCCUUAGUACGUAUGCAUAGUAUUGUAGCAUUAGUCAUUUUCCUUGCAGGAAGAAGACAGCUUUAUUAUGGAGUUAGGCAGCAGCAACGAAUUGGAUCCUGGCAACACCUUUAGUUCAUGAUGAUGUUUCAUUGUAGCCCUAUUCUACGGAGCAGGAUAAAAGCAUACUUCAUUAGAUUUCUCUCAUAUGAAAGAGUGCAUCAAGAGGAAACAUUUCCAUACCAAAAGUUUGCUUUGUUUGUAUCGGAUUAAUACCCAUUCUUUCUGGCUAGAAAAGGAAACUGUUACUGCACUCAAGUGACCGCUGAUGAAUAUGUGUUUAAGAAGGAAGAAAAAGCAAUAUUUGUUUCUAAAGGACAUUAUGGCAAAACAAUUUGAAGUUUUGCAUUUUCUCUUAAAAACUGAUCUAGCACAUAUGACAAGAAACUCUCCUUUGACUAAUCUUUUCCUACUGUCUAAGAUGCUGCACAUGAGAAUGCUUUAAUUUAUACUUGGGAUUUAUCUAGGGGAAAAACUUGCCUUCAUUUCGGAUAAAUUGUUAAAUGUAGAUGAUUACUUUUGUGCUUUAAAAGUGAACUGCAUUAAUGGAUGGACGCAUAGCUAGAAAACCUUCUGGAAAUUCUGUCCUCAAAUCCUGGAGAUUCUCACAUAUGUGGAAUACAAUACUUUUUGCAAUAGCCCAUGACACUAACUGAUGCUGCAGUUUGUUGUGGAAUGUAUCUAUGAAUACCAUAACAGAUCAAGCUUUCAGACAAGGAAAAGACUGAUGCUGAAAGAACUAUGAAUAUGAUGCAUGUGAAUAAUUUUCCGUUCAGGCGGCAUUCAUGGAUAUGUUUUGAUGUGGACAAUGGCACCUCAUCGGGACGGAGUCCCUUGGAUCCCAUGACGAGCCCUGGAUCAGGGCUGAUUCUCCAGGCUAAUUUUGUUCACAGUCAACGUAGGGAGUCCUUCCUCUACCGGUCAGACAGCGACUAUGACCUCUCUCCAAAGUCCAUGUCCAGGAACUCCUCCAUUGCCAGUGAUAUACAUGGAGAUGACUUGAUUGUGACACCAUUUGCUCAGGUGCUGGCCAGCUUACGUACUGUACGGAAUAAUUUUGCUGCAUUAACCAAUCUACAGGAUCGAGCACCCAGCAAACGGUCACCCAUGUGUAACCAACCAUCCAUCAAUAAAGCAACCAUAACAGAGGAGGCCUACCAAAAACUGGCCAGCGAGACCCUGGAGGAGCUGGACUGGUGCCUGGACCAGCUGGAGACCUUGCAGACCAGGCACUCCGUCAGUGAAAUGGCCUCGAACAAGUUCAAAAGAAUGCUCAAUCGAGAGCUAACCCACUUAUCUGAAAUGAGCCGAUCGGGCAAUCAGGUCUCUGAAUAUAUAUCCAACACAUUUUUAGACAAACAACAUGAAGUGGAAAUCCCAUCCCCAACACAGAAAGAGAAAGAGAAGAAAAAACGGCCAAUGUCUCAGAUCAGCGGAGUGAAAAAACUGAUGCACAGUUCCAGCCUAACAAAUUCCAGUAUCCCCAAAUUUGGAGUCAAAACUGACCAAGAAGAUAUUCUGGCCAAGGAACUAGAAGAUGUAAACAAAUGGGGCCUCCAGGUUUUUAAAAUAGCAGAAUUAUCUGGGAACCGACCAUUGACAGUCGUCAUGUAUACCAUUUUCCAGGAACGAGACUUGCUAAAAACAUUUAAAAUUCCACCAGAUAUGUUAAUAACUUACUUGAUGACACUGGAGGAUCAUUAUCAUGCAGAUGUAGCAUAUCACAACAACAUACAUGCUGCAGAUGUUGUACAGUCUACGCAUGUGCUGUUGUCGACCCCAGCCUUAGAGGCGGUAUUCACAGACCUGGAGAUCCUGGCUGCUAUUUUUGCCAGUGCAAUACAUGAUGUAGAUCACCCUGGCGUUUCAAACCAAUUUCUUAUCAACACAAAUUCUGAACUCGCCUUGAUGUACAAUGAUUCAUCCGUCCUGGAAAACCAUCAUUUAGCUGUGGGCUUCAAACUGCUGCAGGAGGAGAACUGUGACAUUUUCCAGAAUCUGACCAAAAAACAGAGGCAAUCAUUGAGGAAAAUGGUCAUCGACAUUGUGCUUGCAACAGAUAUGUCUAAGCAUAUGAAUCUAUUAGCCGAUUUGAAAACUAUGGUUGAAACCAAGAAAGUGACUAGCUCCGGCGUUCUGCUUCUUGAUAACUAUUCAGAUAGGAUCCAGGUUCUACAAAAUAUGGUACACUGUGCAGAUCUAAGCAAUCCAACGAAGCCACUCCAACUAUAUCGCCAGUGGACAGACAGAAUCAUGGAAGAGUUCUUUCGACAGGGAGACCGAGAGAGAGAGAGGGGCAUGGAGAUAAGUCCUAUGUGUGAUAAGCACAAUGCAUCGGUAGAAAAAUCACAGGUGGGAUUUAUAGACUACAUUGUUCAUCCUCUCUGGGAGACCUGGGCAGACCUUGUGCACCCAGAUGCCCAGGACAUCCUAGACACCUUGGAGGACAAUCGUGAAUGGUACCAGAGCACAAUCCCUCAGAGUCCUUCUCCAGCCCCAGAUGACCAAGAGGAGGGCAGACAGGGCCAAACAGAGAAAUUCCAGUUUGAACUAACACUGGAGGAAGAUGGUGAAUCGGACACAGAAAAGGACAGUGGAAGCCAAGUGGAGGAAGACACCAGCUGCAGUGACUCCAAGACUCUUUGUACUCAAGACUCGGAAUCCACUGAAAUUCCACUUGAUGAACAAGUUGGGGAGGAAGUGGUGGUGGAGGAGGAGGAGGGGGAGAGCCAGACAGAACCUUGUGUGAUAGAAGAAGAACGGUCUCCUGACACGUAACAGGGUGACAGCUCCACAGCUCCCUCUGUCUGUCGUCCUCUCUCUUUCUCUUUUUGAAAAUGGUUUCCAAAGUGCAUGUCACACGGCACAACCAUGGUCAUGCCUCACUGUCAUCUGCCAGAGAUGUUUGUUGAUCAGAAACUGAUCUUGAUUACUCAGUUUGGCACUCAGGAAUAUUGUAACCAGAAUUGUUCAUCUCCAUGGCAUCAGAGAGCAAAGGAAAACAUCUGCAGAGAAGAGUUUGAUAAAGAGUUCAACUUGGCAAAUACAAUGAGAGAGUGUCCACUCCAAGCUGUUUUCAAGGAGUAAAGGCUGGCCCAAAGCUAGUGUGUGAGAGAGUGUUUGUGUGUGAGUGAGUCAGUGAGUGAGUGUGUGUGUGUGUGUGUGUGUUCGUGUGCAUGCAUGUUUUGUGUUGGUUUUUAAUUUCAUGAGAGAGAGAGAGAAGCAUACAUCACCAGAAUCUAAAAGAAAGCAGCCAGCAAGUGAACCAAGCUGUCUAGUGGAAAAUAGAUGCACUCAGAUCAUGGGACACAACACGAAUCUGUUACCAGUAGGAAGAUGAAGCUGUGGAAAUCGCAUAAUUUUCUAAUUUCAAGUCUUCCUGACACAUGACUGAAAAAAAGUGUAGCUCAGUGGGUUGCACUGGUGUCUGCAUUUUGUAGUAUAUGUAAAACGGAAAUCUUUUUGUAGAGUUUACUUUUAUUAUUAAAUGUAUUGAGGUAUUAUAUUUAAAAGAAUGCAACACCCUCAGAACUUCAUCUGCCACUGGUUCUUCCCCCUGCCCCCCUCCUCAAGUAACUUGCAAGUUUUCAGUACAAAUAUGUGCUACACUGGAUAAAUCAAGUUUUAUAUUUGUUUGCACUUAGAUUUUCGUAGCAAUUCUUUUAGCUGUUCUAAAAUAACCAAUUUUUUUCUAGACCAAUGACAUUCACGAAUGUUUUUCAUAUUUUCUCCCUACUUAGUUGCAGAAAACACUUUCAGUUUGUUGACAUUAAUAUCUGGCUUUUUUAAUUGUCAUUUUCUAAGAGCAGCAAUACAAAACCUGUGAUCAGCUCUUUGCCCUCAUAGACAGCUUAGUCCUGCAGAUUAGGGAUAUGCACAAACCAAAAUUUGUCGGACUGAAUUUGAACCGAACCACUGGUUCGUGUACUGGUUUGGUCAAACUGACCGGUACGGUCUAUUCGAUUGAACCGGUUUGGUGGUUUGAGGGCCUAUGCUUGUAAAGGGGAAUCUGAUGAGGAUUCCCCUUUAUAAGUAAAGGGGUGGGGGGAUCCUUGAAAAGUCUUCUAAAGGGUGGCGGGGGGGCAUGGUGUGGCGAGAGGGAACAAUUAAAAGUAGAUUAAGGUUCUUAGUGGCCCAGUGGCCACUGCUGCCGCUCUUCAAAUCUCUCUGACUCAGCCCAGCGCAUAGCACUCCCUCCAGCAACCUGCCCACGUGGUGGCGUGAUGGUUCCAGACUCUGUGGAUGCCCAGAGACCAUGCAAAUGGCCUCUCUGCAUCGGAGGGUGCCCAAACUGCACUGCCACCAUGCAGGCAAGUUGCUGGAGGGAGCACUGCAUGCUUGGGCUGCACCAGGGGGUUGUGAGGAGCAGCAGCGACCAGUGCCAGGCCAGUAAAAACCUUAAUUUACUUUUAAAGAUGCCCUCUUGCGCACGCGCACACACACCCUACUGCCCUUUAGAAGACUUCAAGGAUUCCCCCACCCCUUUGCUUGUAAUGGGGAAUCCUCACCUCAUUUCCCUUUACAAGCAUAGCCCCUCAAUCCCAAACCGGUCUGUCACUGACCAGGCUCAGUUUAGUUUGAUGGUGGUCCAGUUCACGGUCACACCAUCGAACUGGCCUGGUGCACACCCUUUCUGCAGACCUUGCCUUUACUGCUUUGGGCUCUCUGUGCUCAGCCAACAAAUUAUUUCUGAAAUCUAGUGGGCCACUAGACUAGCAGUUCUCAAAUUGGGUCGUGACUUAAGGGUGAGCACAUAAGACCUCAAAGAAGCUUCCAAAGAUUGAAAUAACUCCUAAAAAUGAAAUGUGAUGGGAUUCUUACUACAGUCAGGAUUUGCAGGACUAUGGCCAGUAUGAAUGUGACUCUCUUGUUCUAAAUACAGAUUGUUUAUUUGCUUAUGAAAUUAUUCCCACAAAGCCAUGUGUUGCUGUGCAUGUGACAACAUUAAUGGUCUCCUCCGAAGACUUGCAAAUAAAUGCUUAGGAUGGGGACAUCCUGCUGUGACAACACAGUACUCGUGCAAAGAAUUAAGACUGGAGUAUGUAACAACUAUUGCUAGUGGAAUUUUUCUUGUGUCCGAUACAAUCUGGGCAAUUCAGGCCUUUUAAAUGAUCACAUUUUACAAUCAAUUUUUAAAAUUAAACAUCAAGAUUUUGACUUUGAUUAGGGAAAGUCCUAUAUUAUUGUACUUUAAACAUUUGAACAUCUGCCAGUCUCUUAUAGAAAGAAUCCUAUGUUGUUUUGUCUGAACAGUGAUUUUGUUAUAUAUGGGAGGGGGGAAUCAGGGUUUUUUGGUCAUUAUUUUACCCUAUUAAGAGGUUGUGUUUAGGGUUGAUCUGCCAGUGGUAUGCUAGAGGGUGGGAAUGCCUUGCCCAAUCAAAUUGAUAGAGCUAGAAAAGCAUAUGCUGAACAAAUACUGACUGCAAUCUGUUAAGAGUUAAAAGCUGUUCAGUCAAGUCAAUUGAUGUUAAUGGGUUUAAGUUCCCUUAGCACCAUAUGGGAUGCCUUGUGUGCAACGAGUAGAGAGUGGCAGAUUUGUAUCUCCUCUGUGAGAUAUGGGGCAUCCUCAUCCUAGACGUGCUGUGGUUGUGUUGUGCAGGCUGUCCUGGUAUCUGCAUGGCCAUUCAUUGUACAUCCUGGUGGAUCUGCUACCCUCAACACAGGCUGCCCUUGAUCCCCUGCACACCAGCUUUCUCCAAUGACCUCUCUGUUCAGAGGACACCUCUUCUGCAUCUGCAAGGUUCCUACUGCACAGGUAGCAUAAUGUCAAGAUGGGGACCUCUUUGUCACACUAGGCCUGGUGAGGAGGCCAAGUUGAUGUUUUUAGACAAGUAAACAGGAAUAGGAUUUAGUUCAGCUGAACCAGGGAAUGGUUGGAACAUGCCUGUUUUUGCUUUGUUUUUAAAGUAUCCAGUCUACUUUUUACCUCAAUGGCUUUUAUGGGAAAAAUACUAGCUGGGGAAAUGAAUGAAAUAACUUCACCAUGUUACUUGUCAACAUAGGUGCAUGUUUUUCCGUCACUACUUCAACAUUUGUUCAGUCCCCAAGAGUGCCUGGAAUCUUAUUGAAAAAAGCAAUAUCAGUUCCAAAAAUCAAUAUGGACCUGGAAGGGUAUUUUAUCUGCACUAAGGCUUAAUCCUAUGAAGUGGAGCACACCCUAACCUGAUCCACUUGAGAGACUAAGCACUGGGGGAAAGAGCUGCAGUGGCAUUCUUGCCCUAUGCACUGAAGCUUAAGACACGAAUACCUUUUAUUUUAAUGGGACUUCCCCAAUGCUUAACUUUUAAAGAGGUAUUUGUGGGUGGCUGGAUCUGGAGGGUGAGCCUACCACCCUGUGUGAUUAAACUCUCAUAGAAAACAGAGAUGUAAAGAAAACACAACCAUAUUGUGUAAAGUACACCCAUACACAUGGACAAUCAAAUGGUAGAAAACAUAAUUUUUAGAGGCAGGGAUCGAAUGCACUGUACAAUCUUGUUUUUAUUUUGCCAAAGUGUGCUUUAGCAUCGCACACUGCUUUAAAAAAACAAACACAAAACAAUACUGUUGAAAAGUGACUUUCUGUGUUUUCUGUGUUUUUUGCCAUAAGAAAAAUGCAAUGAAUGGGGUGCUGUAUAGUGAGGGGGAAAGAGAGAGGGGAACCUGAAUUUGCAUCUACACUUUAGCUUGCAAGUUACUGUACUCAGCAAAGCUGUGUUUCCUUUUUAAUUUCUGGUUUUAUGUAAUCUUUUUUCUUUUUUUAACCGAUGAGACAAUAUAGGUAGAACAAAUUGCAUUCAGAAGGGUUUUUUUGAAAAAACUUGAGAACGAAACGAAUUUUGCUGAAAGUGUUGACAGUUCUUUUAAAAUGCAUUUAUUUAUUUUUAUUUGUGCCAUGCAUAUUUUUUCUCACCAAAUGACCUUACUUGUAAUAAGUCUUGUUUGUCUCUGUUUACAGCCAUGUAUUUAUUGUAAUGUACAUAGUGUAAUGUUGAUUGUAAAUUAUAAGUUCUUAUUAUAACAUCAUCCUUGCCAGGGUGGUGUUGCUAUAUUUGGAAACUCUUGGUGAGAGAAUAUUGUGUAUACAUACUCCCCUUGUACAUUUUCCCCCCUUCUGUAAUAUAUCCUAUAUCACCUUAGAGCUUGUUUAUGAAAGAGUCGAGAAAAAUUAUAAAAUACAUAGAUAUAUAAAUUAAAGCUGCAGGUCUUUGGUCCCAGGGCUGUGCCUUAACUUUAAACAAUAUUUUAUUCUGUUUUGCUGCAUUUGAAAGAAAGGUAGUUGUGGCACAUGGGCUGGGCAUAUCUCCACCGCCCUUUCGUUUUUUGUAAGGGACUAGGGUCAUUGCUCCACUACAGGGUAUUCCCUAUCCCAAUGAGCUUUAUCAAGAGACCCCAUUGGACACUGAAAAAACCCUUGCCUGCCUGAUGGAGUACUUUCCCUUUUUCAAAGUGUGUUUUAAGGGAUCACUUUGUCCAUUCUUCCCCUUUCUUAGAAAAAAGCAACACAGCCACCAUCUAACAAACAAGAAUGGGCACAAUUCAGUGGCAUGUUGAAAUAAGCAAAUUUAAUCCCUGUUCGUUUCAACAAGGCCAACACAGGAGAUUCUCCCGGUGGAUUGUGCCACUAUUCUUCCCAAUUGGACCUACGUAUUUUUUGGCCAACACAUAAUUUUGACCAGGGAUUCUCCCGCACCCAACACUAACAUUAAAGUAUGUCAAGCACCCAAAACUUGCUUCUGUAUAAAAUGUGUCUAUGGAUGUGUGUAUACCAUAAGUGUAAAGAAUGACAGUAGCCCUUUAAGUCUUUUAAACACUACCAUUCGUUUUUGCAAAAUUGCAGUGUCCUGAAGCAUGUCGUGCUGCUGUUCUUGAUCACGUAACUUUGUAGUAUUGGGUCCCUCGUCACCAUUCCAUUAAUGCCCAGCCCUUAUAGCAUGUGACUGUUCAGUGAAAGGAGAGAUGCUUUUUCAAGGAAAAACAGAGCCUCCUUUUUGACACAAACUGUAGAUUAUAGCAGCCCUGGCCCAAAGGAAUAUUGCUUUUUUAAAAAACAGUAUAAAAGGGACACUAUAACAACAGAAUUACUGAACAAUAUUUUUGUUUUCAAUUUGGUUUGUUUCCUUUGGGUAUGUCUUUAGAGUGGCAAAUUGUGUGAACACUGCAAAUAAUUCAACGGUUUCUUAGCCUCUCUUACAGCCUAAGGGAUAGUACUGUACGUCAAUACCUUCGUAUGAAAUUUUUAUAUGCAAUGGAAAUAAAAGCAUGGGUUGAUUCUGCCUA